AUGAAUCCCGAGUUCGGCACCUCGACCAUCGUCGCAACAGUCGGGCUCUCAACAUUCGUACUGGGCAUCGGAACAGGACCGCUACUCACCGGGCCUUUAAGUGAACACUACGGACGACGACCAAUAUACCUAGUUGCAUGGUCUCUCUUCAUCAUCUGGACCGUCCCAUCCGCUGUCGGAACGAACAUCGAAACACUCAUCAUCGGCCGCUUCUUCCAGGGGUUUGUAGGGGGUACAUUCCUCUCUGUCGCUGGGGGCACUGUAGGCGAUAUCUUUGCGAAAGACGAGAUCCAGAAACCGAUGACUUUGGUCUCGCUGGCGCCGUUCGUUGGACCCUCGUCUGGGCCCGUGAUUGGGGGGUUUAUUAACUAUUAUGCCCACUGGAGGUGGACGUACUAUGUCCUGAUUAUCUGGGCUGUUGGGCUACUGGUAGCGAUUAUUUUCUUUGCGCCGGAGACUCGGUUUCCAGAUAAACACAGGACAGAAAAAGAGGUGCGAAAGGCCAGUCACCCUGGAAAGGCUUUGCGGAUUGCCCUCCUCCGUCCAUUCCAGAUGCUCGCCCUCGAACCGAUGUGUCUCUGUCUAGACCUCUACUCCGCCAUCCUCCUCGGCAUCUUGUACCUCUUUUUCGGCGCCUUCCCGCUCGUGUUUAAAACAACUCAUGAGAUGAACCUAUGGCAGGCGGGUCUUACGUUCCUGGGUAUAAUAAUAGGAAUGGUACUCGGUGCCGCGAUGAGUCCGGUAUGGGUGAGGGUUCGUCAGCGACUCACGGAUAGAUCCCAGGUGAAGGAUCCAACGCAGGCGAGGAGAACCGAGCCUGAGUAUCAGCUUCCGCCGGCGAUAUUGGGUGGGGUUCUUAUACCGAUUGGACUGUUCUGGUUUGGGUGGACGACGUAUGCCGAUGUGCAUUGGAUUGUGCCGGUUAUUGGGUCUGGCUUUUUUGGGUGUGGGAUGCUGCUGGUUUAUUCUGGGGUUUUUACGUUUUUUGUUGACGCGUACACGCAAUAUGCUGCUUCAGCAUUGGCAGGAAAUGGAUUCGUUAGAUGUUCCUUCGCAGCUGCGUUCCCAUUAUUCGGCAACCAGAUGUAUGAGAAACUAGGGUACCAGUGGGCGAGCAGUCUGCUGGCCUUUCUCACGGUCGCCAUGAUGCCGUUUCCUUGGCUUUUCUUUAGGUAUGGCAAAGCUCUCAGGAAGAGGAGCAGGUUUGCUGUUGAGACUUGA